CUGAAGAUUUUGGAUUAUUAGCUUUUGAUAUUAAAGUAAAUCGUGGCGAUAAUGGUAUUGAUAUUAUCAUAACAUAUAAGCAAAAACUUAUUCUUGUUCAAUGUAAAAACACUGAGAUCCCUAUACCUGUUCAAUUUGUUCGAGUUUUUGAAUCAGCUAUUUCAAGAUUUGCAUCUGAUUCUCUUAGAAUCAUUGUGUAUAACAGUGAAAAGUUAAAAGAAAAAGGAAAGUUUGCAACUCUUAAAGCAAAACAAUGGGCACAUACAUCAAAAAGAAAUAUCAAAAUUUAUAAUGAUGAUUAUGUAGAGUUAGUUGAUUAUAAAGCCGAUAGGUUUAAUAUUGUUAGUAUAUUAGGAGAAAAUGUUUCUAUUGGUAGAAUAGUUAUCAAAAAAAAUAAU